GGCCAGCAGUUUAAAUGGCACUUCGCUCAAUGGUCUUCUAAAUCCGCCUAUUUUAUCCCAUUUUCGAACCUAAAUCUCCCGCAAGCCUACUGACACCGAGCGAGCCACCCUGCGGAGAACAAGUGGAUCGAAGGGAUGAUGGAGGAAGGGAGAGAAGGGGAGAGAACAAGGAGGAAAAGAGAGUAAAGCGAGAGGAGUCCGCGGACGUUGGUAUUCUUAGAAACUCUGGUGAAAAAUGGCUGAGCAAACGCAGCCUUCGAUUGUGAUCCAUGGUGACUUGACAUCAGUAAGCCAAACUGACGCAGAGUCUUGUGCUGACCCACGUAUCUGUUUGGUUGGUUGUUUAGCUGAUGACCCUGUAGCACUUGAAGCAGCUAAGAAAUUUAAUGUCCCUGUGGUGACGUCCGAAACUGGUGAAGAAUAUACUUCAGAUGUAAAUUAUUGUACAUUUUUUGUUGUAACUGAUUUUGAGAGUAAAGAGUUUGAGGAACUUCACAAACUUGGUGCAAGAUUAUUUGGAAAGCCAGCAUUAUUAGAACUGUCAAAAGAUGGUGUCUUAAUAUACAAUCAGCGACCAAUCUUUUGCCAUGUGAUGAUAGGUGUUGUUCUGGUAUUUACUGGGUUCAGAAAAAAAGCAGAAGUCUCAAGACUGCUAAAGCUGGUCCACUAUAUGGGUGGUAGUGUGAAGAAUGAGAUCAGAGACAAUGUCACCCACCUCUUAGCCUAUUCAUCUACUGGUGAAAAAUAUCAGUACGCCACAACCUUCAACAUUCCCGUCAUGGGUGAAGAUUGGGUUCACGCUGCGUGGGCUCACAGAGACGAAGUAGGAGCGCGUGCAGAUAUCAACAGCAUGAUGAAGUACAAAAUAAGAGUGUUCCACAACCUGAGAAUGGUGCUGUUGGGCUUCCCCUCUGAAGACCAGGGGCAGAUGGAAGACCUUGUCCGGCAGAAUGGGGGCGUGCUGACCACAUUAGAUGACCAGCAUGCAACUCAUGUGGUGGUAGAAGAACAAAGUGUGACUGAAAAGCCUGCAGAGUGUCCACCACGUGCACAUGUGGUUAAAGCAGAAUGGUUCUGGACCUCUAUCCAGAUGGAUGCUUGCCCCAAUGAGAAACUACAUCUCUUUGAGGAAAUGAACUCAAGUAGUGUCAUGAGCCCACGGCAAAUGUUUGUCUCACCAAGUACUCCGGGCUCCAGAAGUAGAAGACGUAAACGGUUGAGAGAGACUGUGCAACAGUUGGCUCAGGAUGACUCACCAUCAACACUUCCUACAGCUCCUCCAGCAAGCAAACGAAGAUCCUCAGUGGGUGAUUUAGCCUACCUGUCAGCUGAUGGUUCAUUCUUGGACGAAACGGUUCCCACCCCAAACAGGUUGAUCGGCAGUGCCGAUGCUACUCCACUCAGCCCACCCUCAGUUGACCUGAAGCAGCUAUCAGCUCGUCAGAGAGUUUUCCAUGAGUUGGUCAAGACUGAGUGUAACUACGUAAACAUUCUUGACACCAUUGAAAAAGUUAUAAAAGCACCUCUGGAAAACAUAGUCCAGCCAGGUGGACCAAUGUUAGAUGCACAAGAAUUAAAAUUCAUAUUCGGCAACUUGCCUCCAAUCCAUGAAGUCCACAAGCGUAUGCGGAAUGAUCUUCUUCAGUUGGCACAUAAUUGGUCAGAUGAUGCUAGUAUAGGAGAUAUCAUUUUGAAAUAUUCUUCAGACUUGCAAGCAGCUUAUCCACCUUUCAUCAACUACUUUGAAAACAUGAAGGAAAUGCUUCAGAGAAUUUCCAUCGAACGCCCCAGAUUUCAUGCUUUCCUUAAGAUUGCACAGAACAAACCAGAGUGUGGCCGGCAGAGCUUCCAGGAACUUCUAAUUCGACCGGUGCAGAGAUUACCAUCCAUGAGCCUUCUUAUUAAUGACAUCUUGAAACAUACAGAUAAAGUUUCCCCAGACCAUGCAUCUCUAGAACAAGCUCUUGAUCAAAUCAAGUCUGUUAUGACAUAUAUUAAUGAUGACAAGAGAAAAACAGAAGCCAAAUUAAAACUCUUCGAAAUCCACAAUGAUAUUGAAAUGUGUCCUCCUAACUUGGUGGCAUCUCACAGAUUGUACUUGAGCAAGGUGGAUGUCACAGAGUUGAGUGACACGUGUAGUGGUCGAGGUGACACCCUCACCCUCUUCCUCUUCAAUGAUGUCAUGGAAAUAUGCAAGAAGAAAAGCAAGUACAACAGCAUCAAAAGUCCGAGCAGAGCAAAUCUCCAUGCUAUUAAGCCUAUCAAAACUUACAAGCACCUGGAGAUGAUGAACCUGGCCCAUAUCAAGAGAAUUGUUGAUAUCAGAGAGACAGAAGAAUGCCACAAUGUUUUUGCUCUAAUCAUUCGAGCCAACCAGGAGUUCAAGGAGCGUCUUUUUACCUUCGCACUCAUGCCUGACGACACAACAAAGGCUGCUUUCCUCAAGAUCCUUUGUCGAACUGUUGCCAAUGUUGUGUGUAGAAAUGAUGUGGAGAAUUUCUUGGUUUCAAUGGAUCCACACCAUUUAGACAUAGAGACCAGUGAUGUCAGUCUAACCAAUGCUCUCAGCAAAGCCCUCAGAUUUGCCACGCGGACUGGCAGGAAGGUGAGCCGUGCAUUCAGCUUUAACAAAUCUCCUAGUAAGUUAAAGCGAGCUGUGUCAACUGUGAUGAGCCCCUUCGGCACGCUCUCCCAACAGUCGUCUAUGAGAGGAGCAACGAGUGUCAACAACCUGGCUGAUCUCUCUCUCUCAGGAACACCACCUAGCGGGGGCUUUGCUCAGCCAAUGGCCACUCCCACUCCCCGCAGACGCCCUCUCAAGCAUGUAUGAUGGCAUUUUUGUGACAGGAGGGUAAUGAAGAAAUUAUUAUUGCUCUCAUUACCAGACAUUGAAUGCAAAUUAUAAUUAACCAGUAAACAGGCAAACAAAAGAAACUUCUGGAAGCAGGUGUUUCAUUCUUGAAAUGCAUCUGUUGUCACUUGGCCAGUUCUCUAUGACUGGUUAUCCAGAAGUUUUUCUGCCCAUGCUCUCCAGUGUCCCUGAUUUCAUGACAAAUCAUCAGCAGCUCAACACACCAAUCAGUAAAUAAUUGUUUAGUGUGUCUGAGAAUGGACUGUCGGUGCUACACAUGCUCAUUGUUACGGUCUCUUCCCAGGCUCAGUGAAGGCUUCAGUACCAGCUUUUUUACUGAGACAAAUGAAGAAGUGACUCCGCAACAAAGGACUAGCGUAUGAGGUGCACACCCUACGGGUCUGUCCUGCUUAUAAAUGUGAAAUCCAGGAUACCGAUUAAAACUUGCUGUGUUUGAAUA